AUUUGAUAAGAGUGGAGUGCCCUAGAUAUUGACCUGAUAUUUAGAGAUAGAUGGCAGAAUGUUAAAAUCAUUUACUGCCCUGUCCAGACUUCAGCAGAGUCACAGACUGUUAUCAAGAAGAGUUAUCCCCUCUUUGUUUUAUUGUACAAAUAAAACAAGCAUGCCAGUCACUAAAGCAGUCAUAUUUGAUCUAGGUGGUGUUAUUGUACCACAACCUAUGAUUGCUUUUCGAGAAUUUGAGAAAAGUAAAGGUUUACCUGCAGGGCUAAUCGGUAGAAUGAUAGUGAGAAAUGGUGAUGAAGGGGCGUGGUCAAAACUAGAAACGGGAGAAUUGGCAUUUCCACAGUUUAUGGAGGCUUUUAACAAGGAAUGUUCAAAAGAGAUGGGACAGGAAGUUGACAUGACAGAUAUGUUUGUUUCACUACACGCUGCCCUUAUAAAUCCAUAUCCACAGAUUAUAGAUGCUAUUAAGUGUAUUCGUGAGGAAGGCAUGAAGACAGCCAUCAUCACAAAUAACUGGAAACACCCUGGAAAUGGUUCAGGAAUGUUAUCAAAUCUUAAACCUCUAUUUGAUGUGAUUAUUGAAUCAUGUUUGCUUGGAAUUAGAAAACCUGACCCCAGAAUCUUUCAUGCAUGUCUAAAAGAACUUGACCUUCAGCCUGAAGAAACAGUGUUUUUAGAUGACCUUGGUGUAAACGUGAAAUCAGCAAGACAAUUAGGCAUAAGAACAAUAAAGGUUACUGAUCCUGAUCAAGCCGUGAGAGAUUUAGAGAAGGAAUUAGGUGGACUGUGUAUGAGAUGUCAUAAAGAGGAUACCAUAACUGUACCAAAACAUCUGGAAAUCAACAUGGAUAAACUGAAAAGCUACCUUAACUGGGCUCUGAAGUUACAUUCUAAAGAUCCUCCUGUAAUACGAUGUUUUAGGCAUGGUCAAUCCAAUCCUACAUAUUACGUCUUCUAUGGAGGAAAACAUCUUGUUCUAAGGAAAAAACCACCUGGAAAAUUACUGCCUUCAGCACAUGCUGUAGAGAGAGAGUUUAAAGUAAUGAAAGCUGUUGGACAACAUGGUGUACCAAUACCUAAGAUGUAUGGCCUUUGUGAAGACAGCAGUUUGAUAGGAACACCAUUUUAUAUCAUGGAGUAUGUAGACGGAAGAAUAUUCAAAGAUCGUGCUCUUACUGGAUUGACACGACAGCAGCGACGUGAGGUCUAUUCUGAGAUGAUCAGUACUCUUGUAAAGAUACAUUCUGUGAAUAUAUCAGCUGCUGGCCUGGAUGAUUAUGGGAAGAAAGGUGGAUAUUUACAGAGGAAUAUUACCCGCUGGACUAGACAGUAUGAAGCCAGUAAAACACACGAGAUAGAAGCUAUGGACAAACUUAUCAAGUGGUUAUCAGAACAUUUACCACAAGAUGAACGUGUUACAGUGGUCCAUGGAGACUUUAGAGUAGAUAAUAUGAUAUACCAUCCAACAAAAACUGUUGCCAUAGGAGUUAUUGACUGGGAACUCUCCACCAUAGGAGAUCCAUUAACUGAUUUAGCUACCUGUUGUCUUGGUUACUACACACCAUCACAACUUGAUGUCAUACCUGCUUUAGGUGACUUGGACUUAAAAGAGCUAGGGAUACCUACAGUAGAGGAAGUUGUUGCUGAAUAUUGUCAAAAAAUAGGGAUUGCCCCAAUACAUAACUGGGACUGGUAUGUAGCUUUUGGACUAUUCAGGAUGGCAGCCAUUAUCCAAGGGGUAUACAAGAGAUCUCUUCAAGGACAAGGUAGUUCACCAUCAGCCAAUUUACUGGGAGCUUUCACUGAUCAUAUAGCAGGUAUAGCCUUGGAUAUAGCAUUGAAAAGUAAUAUACAACCAACAAUGAGUAGAACAGGAAAUACAUCAUCUCCAGGAACCAGACAAUAUUCUACGGCUGCCGGUCACAGUAAUGCUGGCUCCAUGAUAGUUUCACCAGAUGCCUUACCUCCAAGGGCUAAAGCUACCUAUGAUAAAGUGAAGAAGUUUAUAAGGGAGGAAAUCAUGCCAUUAGAAAAAGACCUGGACAAACACUCCCUACCCUCGGCAGAUAUGUGGAAAGUUCCUCCUGUUGUUGAAAAACUUAAGGCUAAAGCAAAAGCCGAGAGACUCUGGAAUUUAUUUUUACCAAAAGAAUCAGACCCAGAAGGACACUAUGGAGCAGGAUUUACUAAUGUUGAAUAUGCAUUUAUGUGUGAAGAAAUGGGGAAGUCUAUGGCUGCACCUCUGGUAUUUAACUGUAGUGCACCAGAUACAGGUAACAUGGAAGUUUUAGUGAAAUAUGGAACAGAGGAACAGAAGAGACAAUGGCUAACUCCAUUACUGAAUGGUGAAAUGAGGUCAUGUUUUGGAAUGACUGAACCUAAUGUGGCUUCCUCAGAUGCUACAAAUAUCCAGUCAUCAAUUGUCAGGGAUGGUAAUCAGUAUGUUAUUAAUGGUAGAAAAUGGUGGACAUCAGGUGCCAUGCAUCCAGACUGUAAAUUAUGUAUAUUUAUGGGGAAGACAAACCCAGAUGCUCCUAAACAUAAACAACAAAGUAUGAUAUUGGUUCCCAUGGAUACACCAGGGGUAACUAUUGUACGACCACUUACCGUAUUUGGUUACCUUGACCAGCCAGCUGGACAUGCAGAAGUCUUAUUUAAAGAUGUGAGAGUCCCAGCAACAAAUUUGUUACUAGGAGAAGGGAGAGGGUUUGAAAUUGCUCAAGGUAGACUUGGUCCAGGGAGAAUACAUCAUUGUAUGAGACUGAUAGGCCAUGCAGAGAGGGCAUUAGAACUUAUGUUAGAUAGGACCCAAAACAGAGUGGCGUUCGGUAAACCAUUGGCAGCUCAAGGAACAAUACAGGCAGACAUAGCUGAAUCUAGGAUUGAAAUAGAACAAACAAGAUUACUGGUCCUUAAAGCAGCUCAUAUGAUGGAUAUGUAUGGUAACAAGGUUGCAGCACCAGAAAUAGCUAUGAUCAAAGUAUCAGCUCCUAACAUGGCACUCAGAGUAAUAGACAGAGCUAUACAGGCUCAUGGAGGAGCAGGAGUGUCGGGUGAUUUUCCAUUAGCCAGUGUUUUUGCGGGUGUAAGAACACUCCGAUUGGCUGAUGGCCCUGAUGAGGUUCAUCGUAGGUCUUUAGCCAGAAUGGAAUAUUUUAAAUUCAAUCAAGCUAAACUGUGAUCUGUUACUGACUGACAAUUUUGCAACUUGCCACAAAUUGCUGCAAUAUUGCAAAUUAUGUAAUAAACUAUUGUAAUGUGGUUGUUUUCCAACGUAAAAUAGAAUUAGUGUUUCAGUUGUUUAUUCAGGAGAAAAAAGUCAUUUUGUAAAAUCUCUGUAAUAUUUUAUAUUUCACUACACAAUUUUGCUAUAGCUGUAAAUAUAAGAUGUAUAACAUCAGAAAGAAUUAAGUCCAAUAGUAUAGGGUUAUUGCAUGAAAAUUAGUGAUUAUUGUCCCGACUAGAUUUUUAUAUUGCAAAAGCUUGUGAGUGCAAUAUAUCUUGUAAGAGGUAUAAUAUUCAUCAAUAUCUUUGCAAUUAUUAUUACAAUACACAUAAAAUAUAAUUUUUACUUGUAAUAUUUAUAUCUUAGAUUUUUGAUCAUUCAUGUGAUGGAUGAUAUAUAUAUUUCUCUUAUUCUAUGGAAAUUUAACCCUUUCUGAACCCAUUGUAUAAAAAAAAUUAAUCAACGUGUGGUUGCUGGUGAUCUCAGAAGAUGAUUGGAUGAGUUUAAAAUUGAUAAUUUAACUAUCUCGAUUGGAUAAAUCCGAUAAUCCACUGGUAUCAAUGUAAGAAUCUAUAUAUAUAUAUAUAUUUAUAUAUUAUAUAAUAUUCAAGAGUUAUAAACUACUACAAUGAAGCAAGCUUGUUUCUGAAAUGAGCUGCUGAGAAGUUUUUUGUUGUUAUUUUGUUUUACAGAUAUUUGUGUGUGCUAUUUGAUUAAUUGUUAUACAGUUUUAAAAUUAUGUCUUUAUUCAGGGCGAAGUAUGGAAAAAUAUGUUUUAUAGAACUCUUUACACUUGCACGUAUAUAAGUUAUAAAUGUUGAGGAUGUUACAUGUAUGAAGUCAGGUUUGAAUAAAAAGAGAUAUUGGGAAUGCAUCGAGCCAGCAACCCAAAGAUACAAAAAUAAAAUAUCAUCUAGAAAUCAACAUCUUGUCUUCAAAAAUAGCCAUGUACAAAAUGUAUGCCUUACUAAGCACUGUAAGGAAAUAAUUCUUUAAAUUCACUUCAGUGAAGAAAUAUAUAUUUUUUUCACACAUUGAAAUGUAACCCAUAAAGUGUAAAAUAUUCAAGAUAGUUUAUUUAGUUUUCUGAAAGGGUCAAAAUGUUAACUAGAAAAAUUGGAGUUGAUUAGUGUAUUUAUACAGUAAGAAGCCAAAAAGACUUCUGAUAUAGUAUUUUAGUGCAGAUCAUGUUGACAUAAUGAACAUGUAUUGUAAAUGCUUAUUGUUAUAUUUAUACAUUAAUUUUAUUGAUUAUAUUUUUUGUAAUAAAAAUGAUUUGAUUUAAA